AUGGCACCUAAUGUUCCAUCUGUACCAAUUGACAAUGUCUCCUUCCACUGUGUUGAGAAUGUUAACAGGUGGAAAUUUGUGGUGAAAAGAAGAAUAGCCAUUGAAAGGAACCUUAAUGAGGAAUUCUUGAAAUGUGAAGAUAUUAUGAAUCUAAUUGAGCAAGCAGGGCUAAUGAAAACUGUGUCUGAACUGGGAAAAUGCUAUGAAAAGCUGACAAGAGAAUUCUUGGUGAACAUCCCAUCUGACUGUGAUGAUCCUUUGAGCCCUGAAUACUUAAAGGUAUAUGUGAGGGGCAAAUGUGUGGAUUUCUCACCAGUUGUCAUCAACGAAUAUCUGGGAAGAAGUACUGCUCCUGCAGCUGAAUUAGAGACAUCUAUGAAUGAGAUAUGCAGGACCAUCACUGGUGACAAAGUGAAAGCAUGGCCAAGGGCUGGCAAACUUUCUGCUGCUAAAUUAACCACAAAAUAUGCUCUGCUAAACAAAAUUGGUGCAGCAAACUGGGUCCCCACUACACACUCCAACAGUGUAGCUACAGGUUUGGCCAAGUUGAUCUAUGCCAUAGGCACUGGUACUGUUUUUGAUUAUGGCACUCAUAUUUUUAAUGCAACAAUUCUCCAUGGCUCUUCUACUGCUGUAAAAAUGUCAAUAGCCUUUCCCACUCUGAUCUGUGGUAUUAUCUUGUCUCAACAUCCUGACAUCUGCACUAACUCUGAUGUGCCUGUCUCUAGACCCUCAGCUUUAACCAUGGAUUUUAGAUUAUUGGAAGGAAAACAUGCUGCAGACAUUGCUGUAGCAUCUUUGAAGACACCAGCUGUAGGUAUGACCAAGAGACAGAUGAUUGCUAAUCUCAGGGAGGUUAGUAAUAUGCUAGGUGAGAAGAAGGAGCUGGUGGAUGGUGUAAUCCAAGCCUUGGAGCUUGAGCAGUCACAGGCAAAUGAGGAUGGAGUUGGUCCUUCCCAUGGUGCUUCUCAUGAUGAUGAUCUUGCAGGUGGUGACACUGUAGAAGAGGAGAUGGCCUCUGAUGAAAGUCCCUCAAUAUGA